AUGCCCUACAAGAUCGAGAAGGCCAAGUCGGGGCGGGCCAAGUGCCAGGGCUGCAAGGAGACGAUUGACGAGGGCGAGCUGCGGAUGGGGAGCGAGUACGAGGUGGGCGACCGGACCUCCAUCAAAUGGAAGCACUGGGGCUGCGUGACGGCCAAGCAACUGGAGAACAUCGGCAACGCAGACAACCUGCAGGGCUAUGACGAGCUGGAGGAGGCGGACCAGGAAGCCGUGGACAACACGUUUGACAACCCGCCUGAGAAGCAGCCCCGCCAGAAGAAGAAGAAAGCGGAGGAGGAGGAGGAGGGGGAGGCUCCCAAGCCCAAGAAGAAGAAGGCGGCUGCCGCGGCUGGCAAGAAGAAGGCGGCUGGCGGGAAGAAGAAGAAGAAGGAAGAGGAGGAGGAGGCCGAGGAGGAGGCUGGGGAGGGGGAGGAGGAGCUGCCUGAGGAGGAGCCGGAGCUGGAGCCUGAGGCAGUUGAGGAGGAGGAGGAGGAAGAGGCAGAGCCCGAGCCCGCCCCCAAGCCCAAGGCCAAGAAGAAGAAGGGCAAGAAGUGA